UCAGCACCAUUCAGCACCAUUCAUACCCAUGCCCAGUCAGAGGCCAGAGUAAGGGACAUCUCUAUGAAUGGCCAAUAUACUCAGAUGGAGGUGGUGAGUACCUUGGACUCACUCACUUCCUAUAAGCUAACGGGAUUCAACAUCUUUUCUCUCCACUCUAUACACCACAACGUGUUGGAGUUGCUGAACGUCGUCACAGACAUAUCCUAG